AUGGCUGAAAUUCCACGACCAAAUGGGAAUAUCAUUGAAACUCUUAAACUAUUGUCCCUCAGAGGAUUUGAUGAGAGGGAAACAGUUGCCCUCCUUGUUAUUUUUUCUUCUUUUAUCGCACAUAAUAUUGGGAGGAUUGGUUGUCAAUUUAUUCGGCCCAGGCUCAGUAAUUUCACGGGGACAGGUUUACCUGAUCCAACAAUUCCUCCAGACUUUGUUGAAGAGUUGAGGCGGAAGUGUCCAGACGACAACAACACCAUCAGCAAUAUGUUGAAUGAUGAAGAUACAGAUAAAGCUAGGGGUCUGAGUGUAUCAAUUGGGACAUCAUUAGAUAAUCACUACUACAAGACUUUGAUGAGAGGGAGAGGGCUGCUGUUUGCUGAUCAACAGUUGAUGGCUAAUGAAAAGACUGCUGCAGCAGUGACAGAUUACGCUAUUGAUGAUGGCAUCAUAUUUAGGACAGAGUUUGCUCAUGCCAUGGCUAAACUGUCCAAUUUUGGUGUUCUUACUGGAUCCGAAGGAGAAGUUCGGCACAGUUGCUCACACUAAAUUCGUAGAUUAGAUAAAUUCAUGAC